CCAGUCAAGUGUGUAAUGAAAGUAACUCAAUGCUCAUUUGCCCAUAAGUACACAAACAAGGGGAAAGUCAAAGGUGGAGAACACAACACAAUGGCAGGGAGUGAUGAAAUAUGCUGCCUGCAUCUUAUUGGUCAAUGUGAUGAAGGUGCCGAUGCAAUUUGUGAUAAAGUUCAUAGCAGCAUGCCUUACCAGUGGCAGAGCCAGAGUCAGAAUCAGUGGAUUCCUCUGUCAGACAAUGAGGAAAUAGAGCAUGACUACUGCAACCCAGCAAAAACAAAACAUGUCGGAAACCUACUUGUAGACUUUGACACAAUGACCUGUGGAUUAGAAAAGGUUCGACGAAUUUCUACAAGUACCUCAGCACUCUCACCUGAACUCUCACCUGAACUGUCAUCACUCCUCAUAAAGUGGGUUUGGUACUGGGAAGAGGCGGCGGACACAUGGAAAGAGUUUGGGCCAUUGGCUGGUGAGUUGCAGUCCUCACCAAUCACAAGUGAUGAACUAGAGAGGCGAUAUCUCAGCGGUGAAACGACAGUAAUAUUUACAGCUGGAUCUAAUCAAUAUGAGCUGAGUUUUUUAGAUAUGCUACAAACAAAUAUCAGUACCCAAACACAGAGGUUCGUGAGAAGACGGCCAGUGCUCAUUUCAAAACCAGACGUCCAGAGGACCAGUGAAAUAUACUGCAGCAAAGUGCAAACAACAAUUCCAUUGUCUUUGCCGGAUUACUGGGACCCUCGUCAGUUGCCUAUAGUUGGAUACGAGAGAAUCGAAUUGAACUCAGUAUCUUCCGAAUACAUUGAGGUUCUCAAUUCCUUUAACAGAACCAUGGAAGGGUGUAACAAUCUGAGCAUCGAGAGAAUUCAAAAUCUGACGUUGUGGAAAAGUUUUGAUUUGCAGAAGGAUGAUAUGAAAAUAAAAUCUGUGAGGGAUGUCGAUGAAAGGCUACUCUUCCAUGGCACUAAAGCAAGAUACGUGGAUGCCAUCUGCAAGGAAAACAUAGAUAAGAGGAUAGAUGGGGAGAAUGGAACUUGGUAUGGUGAAGGAUCUUAUUUUGCCAGAGAUGCCAAGUAUUCUAAUCAAUUCACCGAUAAGCAAGGAAGGCGAUCCAUGUUCAUGUGCCGGAUAUUGGUGGGAGACUUCACCGCAGGACGACCAGAUUACAUCGUGCCACCAUACAAAGUGGAACAGCUUGUAGCCUUUGAUAGCUGUGUUGACAAGGUGGAUGAUCCCAACAUAUUUGUCAUUUUUGAGAAGAACCAGAUUUACCCUGAGUACCUCAUUCAGUAUGAAGAACCCGUAGUUCAGAUUCAACAUGUUGUACCCAAAUCAGGUACAUGUGGCUGUGACCGCAUAGGCUGUGGGAACUGUCUGCAGUAUUUCUUAUGCUGCAGCUGUAACAAUUAACGUAUGUCCUAAAAGCUAUGUAACUUCCUUGAAAGAGAAGGUAAGGUUAUUCAUCAAUGAGUGCAUCCACUGACACAAGAGGUGGUAAACUCUCCACCAGUAAUGCAAAUUGGGAAAAUUGUCUUACUGAAUUUACCUUUGUAUCUUUUUUCAAUUUAGUUUAACAUGAUAUCAUGCUCAUCAUUGAAUUUUUAGACAUAUCAUUGUAUGUCUGCUUCCAUGUGUAGCCUACUUUAUGUAUGUGUAAAGGUCAACAAUGUUUAAUAUUUUCCCAUAUAAUCAUCCACUGAUGUUGACAUAGCACCAUAGUUAAAAGCAUCCAUUGCAUCA